AUGAACAGAUUUAACAGUAUAUUUAAUAAAAAUGAAGUAGAAAAUAAACUAAGAGAUUUUAAAGAGGGUGAAGAUUAUUCUGUUUCGCCGACUGAUGAACCGAAUAUAAAAACCUACAAUUUUCAUAACGAUAAAUUAAGAAGUGUGUUUCGAGGUGACCGAGUUCCAGUGCGAAUAACCCAAGAAGCCUACGACGGAAAAGAUUAUACAUAUAGAGGUCAUUUUGAGGAAGGAAAGGAUUAUCAUUAUAGUCGUCAAGAUUGGCAUUUUGGUGAGGAUUACCAAGGAAAUAGAGGAACAGAUAUUUUUGGAGAUGGCGAGUGA